AUGGCAUUUCAACCAACUGUCAGUAGCGCAACCCAAUUGUACCUCAUCACUGGCCCCAUUCCGCCGCAGGUGGAGACCGUGCCAGUACCUGGCCACGAGUCACCGGUACCUCCGAGCAGGCGGAAGCACGUCCACCUUCGGCGUACUGGCUACCCAGCUGCAGGUAUUACGGGUGGAGGAGACGCGGUGCGCGGGCAAGCUGGGCAGUGGGGCGGCGUCCACGCAGGCGAAACACCGUGCGUACGCCCUGCAGCGCACGCAACGAGGAGCGACGCCGUGGCCGAAGCGCGGUUCGCUCCCGGGGGUGGUCCCUGCGGAGCAACUGCUGCGAUGAUCUCGCUUCAUCUCCCCCCCCGGGAUCCCUGUUGUGGACAUCUGGUUCUCGGGGGUCUGGAUCCUCUCGAUCGGUGGGUUAUUGAAACCGCCAGCGACGCGACUGGACGGCGUCUCCGUCACUGGAGCCUUCGCAGCGGGUUUUGCAAGUCUUGUCUCGCACGUCACACGCGAAUGACAGAAGCCAAAUGCGACCAGGUUGCCCACCAACACGAAGGAAGAGAUUGGCCCGGCGGGCGAUUAUGGUGGGAUCUCCGCGAAAACUUCCAGAGUCGGCUCGUAGAUUUUGACCUUGGUGGAGCCAUCCCCUCUGGUAGUUCACACAAUGCAUCUGCCGGCAGCUCCGGGUGGUUCGGUCGAAGAAACCGCGGACAGCGCGUGGGUCUCGCGCUGCAGGGGUACGCACCAUUCAGACGGCGUAACCACGGUGGACGAGGCACCACACGGGAAACCACAAAGCUUCCGCCCGAGAACCAGGGAACGCGAUGGAACCAUGGGGAGGCUUGCUUCCAAAUCAUCUCCUCGGCGGAGUCGCCCUGCAUGGGAUCGAGAUCGGAGGCCCUGCAGGGCCCAUCGCGCGCUCCCAUUCUUCCGUCGCGGGCCGGCACAAUGAGCAUUGUCCCUGGCCUCCUCGCGGCGCGCAGGCGAGACCAGCAGUCGGCGCGUCUCCUGUCACAUUCGUGGUCGCAAUGGAGCUGGGACCUGCAGGGUGCGCACGCGCGUUGCCACCACCGAGGCGAGGCAUCAAAUUCCACGGGGGGGCUGAUCUGUGGCGAGCAGAACGUUGCGAAGAAGACCAGCAUGGGACGGAUCUGA